AUGGCGCCCGCUGUUAGGGGCUGCGACAAGGAGAACAGGGUCUACAAGUACUACGAUCCUGUCGACUUGCUUGCUCAAGGCAGCCUUGGAGCAGCUGUGAAGGCACGAGACGGCUUAAGUGCGCAGACAAUCCCGGCAAGGGCACCACAAUCGUCGCCAUCCAGCCCGUUAGAGACCCAUUCUUGGGCAUCUAGUGUAACCAGCUCAAGAAAGUGGUUUUCCUACAACGUCAAGGAGAAGAAGCUUGCCGCUUACAACCGCAGCCCAGAGUGGUCGCAGCACGACGAGGCACAGGUGUAUAAGCAUGGUCUCAAGGAGGUUCUAGAGGAAGACAGCUGUGCCAGGGUAGGUCUUGUGACGAGUCCCACCCACGCAUUGCCUACCCGAUGCUCGCCAACGCCGUGGCCCUGCCCUGCGCCACCCGCUUCGCCAUGCACGUCGCCGAGCGGUUUGCCGCCUCGGGACACCCCCACCGGGCGCCGGCCCGGCAUGGACCUAGCCUAUCUGGACGUGCUGUAUGAGAACGACGCCCGAUUCGUCUACACCGACUUCAGAGGGGCCGAGACCGCAGAACAUGCCGACGACAAACCCCGGUCAGAUAUACCGCCAAUGCAAGCGUUGCGCCGCUCCAGGGUGGCCGGCGCGCUGAGCGGGGUCUCGCCGCCGACGCUUCCUGGCUCAUGGGUCCACGGACGGUGUCGCGUCUAG